CGACAUUUCCUCUGGCAAGAUUCGAUAGCGACAGCGACUUCACCACAACAGUCGCCAUCAUGUCUCUCGUAUCGGCCGAGAAGUCGAACUUCCAGUUCAUCCUGCGACUUCUAAACACCAAUGUCGAGGGAAAGCAAAAGGUCAUGUACGCCUUGACCAAGAUCAAGGGUGUCGGACGCCGUUACUCCAACUUGGUCUGCAAGAAGGCUGAUGUUGACCUCAACAAGCGUGCCGGAGAACUCACCUCGGAAGAGCUCGAGCGCAUCGUGACCAUCAUCCAGAACCCCACGCAAUACAAGAUCCCCGCCUGGUUCCUCAACAGACAACGCGAUAUCGUGGACGGCAAGGACUACCAGGUCCUGGCCAACAACGUCGACUCCAAGCUCCGUGACGAUCUCGAGCGCCUGAAGAAGAUCCGCGCUCACCGUGGUCUCCGUCACUACUGGGGCCUGCGUGUCCGCGGACAGCACUCCAAGACCACCGGACGCAGGGGCCGCACCGUCGGUGUCUCCAAGAAGAAGGGAGGUUAAGCGCAUCGUUCUGGGUUUGGGAUGGAUUGGGAGGGCGGAGUAUAGCAUAGCAAGGGCUUGCACGCAUUUUUAUGCUGGUGUAUCGCUCCUCAGCAGACGCUGGGAUAUGGGUGUCCUCUACCUCGCUGUGUCAAUCUGAAAACAAUUAAAAACAAUCGGU